AUGGUCGUCGGUCUCGUCGCCAGUCUCGUGUCAACCCUCGUCCACAGCUCCAAGAGCAAGUCUUGCUCCGCCGCCACGGCCACGCCGGAGGACCAGGCGACCGCACACCACCAGCAAGGCAGCGCCCACAGCACCCCGUGCCCACGCGACUGCUCCAUCUGCGCCGUCGUCCCCUCGCUCGCGACCCGCUACGAGCGCAAGCAGGAGCGCAAGGACAGGCGGUGCGCGCGCCGCGCCGCCAGGCGCGACGCCCGGAGAUCCCACUGCUGCUACCCGGCCGGCGUCGUCGUGCAGCCCACCGUGUCGGUCGGCGGGUAUCCCACCAUGGCGGGGCAGUCGUACGGCGUGCGCCGCGUGAGCGCGCCGAGGCGGCAGGGCGCCGAGGGCCAGGAGCGCGGGUUGACGGACGGGGAUGUGCCGCCGCCUUAUGAGCAAGAAGAUCCCCACGGGGCGUUGGAUGAGAAGAACGAGGUUCGUCUGUGA